GUAGACGACGACACGAAGCAACCAGAGAGAAAGAGCAGUCUCUUUCCUUCCUAAGACACCAAACCCUAAUCUUGGAAAGAGAAAGUGUAGAUAUAUAUAUAUACAUACAUUUACAUUUACAUAUAUAUAUAGAAAACCAUUUAGUUUUCCAUCUCUCUGCAAGUAUACAAUCAUUCGCAGUCUCUCUCUGUAUAGCGACUCGGCAUUGAAAUCGAGUCUUCAAUCUCAGAAAUUCGAAAAAAGCCCUCUUUUUGAUACAUUUGGUCACCGAUUCGAUCAAGAAACAGUGCGGAAUUGAUUUUUGGGGAGAAUUGGAAUUGUGAUUGAUUAAUCGCUGCAUGAACGAUACAGGGGGGAGAAGAAUCGGAUCGAUUGCUCAGAGAGUAGGAUCAGAAAACUGAGCACACAACAUGUCUGCCAUAGUGUGCGGGAAGAGAUCAUCCAUCUUCGAAGACCUCCCAUCGUCUCCGCCCGUAUCUAAGAGAAUUCGCUGUUCCUCUUCGUCGCCGGUUCGAUUCUCUCCUCCGAGGCCCAUCACCGGCUCUCCGUUUAAUUUAUCGUCGUCUCCAUCGCAUUUAUCGGCCCUUGACUACCUCUCAGCUCACUUUCCUGACAUGGACAAACAGCUUCUUGAGAGAGCACUCAAAGAAUGUGGUGAUGAUCUCGAUUUGGCUAUCAGAAGUUUGAAUGAGCUACGAUUGGGAUCCGCUGAAAACUUGGGCUCUAUUGCAAGCAAAUGUGGUGUUGCACAAGAAGAAAAUGUGCAAUUUCAAGCUUCAGGUGUGGUGGAAGCCAGUACCAAGGUUGCAUCUGCUGAGGAUCCAUCGGCUCUGCAGAACCUUUCCAUGGGUGGUGCAGACUGGGUGGAGCUGUUUGUUAGAGAAAUGAUGAAUUCAUCUAAUAUGGAUGAUGCUAGGGAUCGUGCAUCCAGAGCACUUGAGGCCUUGGAGAAGUCCAUUUGUGCUCGUGCAACUGCAGAGGCAGCUCAGAACUUCCAGCAGGAGAACAUUAUGCUGAAGGGACAACUAGAAGCAUUGAUUCAUGAGAAUGCUGUGCUUAAGAGAGCAGUUGCUAUUCAACAUGAGCGCCAAAAAGAGUUUGAGGAUACGACUCAGGAGUUGCAUCAUCUGAAGCAGCUGGCAUCUCAGUACCAGGAGCAACUAAGAACUCUUGAGGUCAAUAAUUACGCUCUGACAAUGCACCUCAAGCAGGCUCAACAAAGCGACUCCAUCCCAGGGCAUUUCAAUCCUGAUGUCUUUUAAUGCAUUAGUCACAUGCUAGGGUUCCUCCCAAGUACUACUGCAAUGGUAGUGCCUAAUGAUAUCUUAAAGACACUUUUAGCAUGCAGUCGCUCGUCUUUCAUGCCAAAAGGUAAGUUAAUGUUUAGUAGAGGCUUCUGAAUCUGUCUAUUUCUGUUCUUUACAAAAUUGGAUUUCCUAGUCAUAAAUGUUGUAGGGAUUUGCUUAACAAUAGGAGAUAUACUGACGUUAAGAUUUUGAGUGGGGUUGUGUUUUUUUAAUGUUGGCCAACUAUACAUGAGCUGUUUGAGGUGGCUAAUUGUGUCUUUAGCCUAUAAAUAGGUGGUUUAAGCACCUAAUAAUCAGUUUAUGAUGUUUUGAGAUUGCAUUUUCUGAGUUUAGUGCUUUUUUGUUCCUAUUUGUGCAUUUUCUCUCUCUAUUGUAAUGUAUUUCCUAAAUUGGUUGCAUCA